AUCGAAGAAAAAUAAAAACACACCGUAACAUGGCAUCAUCGCCUGAUACAAAUUCCGAUAUAAAAGAUGAAAGCCUAAGCGACGAAUACGAAAUUGAAGUAAAAGAAGUGGUGAAGAGUGACAAGCAACUUAUUUUAUCGAAGGAGGCGCCAUUGAAAUCUAGCGCGGCAAAAGUCAAAAGAGCUGCGCUGAAAAGAAAAGCAAAGUCGACGAGGGCUAGCAGUAUAAAAGCGACACUUUCAGGCUCUCUUAAUUUAAAAAACAAGUCAAAGAUAUUGGCUGCAGCUAAAAAAGAGAGGAAAAUGCCAGAGGCAAGCAAGAAUAGGCUGACCACUAAAGAAAUGAUUAUCAACGCUAUUAUAAAAUUAAAUGAAAAGAAAGGCUCAUCGACAGUCGCUAUAAGAAAAUAUCUGAUUAAUAACUACGAUGCGAAUCAGCAGCGCUUACUUAGAAUUACCAAAUUACUAAGAACCGCAGGUGAUGAGGGCUGGCUGAUACAAACAUCAGGUGCUGGUGCCAGUGCCGGAAGCUACUUCAAGCUUCCUAUCGAAGCCAAAAAAGAAAUAAUAAAAAUCAAUAAAAAAUUAGUUAGCACAAAAGAAUUUACUAAGCCAAAGAUGUCGGCGAAGAAAGUCUCGUCUAAAGUUAAUAAAGCUUCUGAAGCUACUAAAAAGAAAACCAUUGUGAUUUCUAAAAGAAAAAGGGAUUAAUUUGAUAUAAUUUAUUCAUAAUAUUCUUAAUA